UUCAAGAUGGCGCUGCAGCAACAAGCUGGACGCUGAGCGGUUCCCGAGCUGCAGAACCCCCGCCGCGGACCCGCCACGCCAGACCCGCCGGAGAACCAGCAUUUACACCCCAGCGGGCAGCGACAUGAGCCGUCCGCGGGGCCGGUAGCGGGGAGAAGCAGAAGAAGAUGGUCCGCUGUCCGUCCGGGGGGAAGAGAAGCUGCUCCGCGGGGCCCCAGGGGGGGCCGGGGGGCCCGGAGGACUCGGGCCGGGCGGCCUGAGCGGCCUGAGCGGCCUGAGCGGCCAUGGACCAGGACUCGCUGCCGGCCGUCGACGUGAACGAGAACGAGCAGCGGGCGAGGGACGGCUCUCGCGAGAAGUGGCGCGAGAUCGGGAAGAUCGGGAAGACCCCCGGACUGAGGCUGCUGGGCGAGGCCCCUGGACCGGGGAUUGACCCCCCUGGACCGGGGAUUGACGCCCCUGGACCGGGGAUUGACAGGGAGGGGGGCGGGGGGGGAACCUGGGACCCCGUCUGGGGGAGUCCCGGGACCCCGUCCCGGAGGAGGGGGGUGACCCCGGGGGGAAACAUGUCUAAUGGGCUCCCUGAAGGACACACGGAGUCCCCUGGGGGGGGAACCCGCGUCCUCCCCCCACAGGAGGGGGUGACACCGGGGGAAAACAUGUCCAACGGGCUCCCCGAGGGGGGCAACCUGGUCCUACCCCCCAAGGAAGGACUUACACCGGGGGAAAACAUCUCCAACGAGGUCCCUGAAGGACACACAGAGUCCCCCGGGGGGGGAACCCGGGCCCCCCCCACCCAGGACGGACUAUUACCGGGGACAAACCUGACCAAUGGGCUCCCCGUGGGGGAAACCCGCGCCCUCCCCCCCCAGGAUGGACUCCCAUCGGGUGAAAACAUCUCCAACGAGGUUCCUGAAGGACACACGGAGUCCCCCAGACGGGGCCCUGAAGGACCUGGGCCCCGUCUGGGGGUGUCCCGGGGCCCCCUCACCCAGGUUGGACUCCCAUCGGGUGAAAACAUCUCCAUCGGGGACUUGGGGGUCCCUGAAGGACACACGGAGUCCCCCGGGUGCCCCCCCACCCAGGAGGGACUCUCACCGGAGGUUGACAUCUCCAACGGGGACCUGGGGGUCCCUGAUGGACCCGGGCCCCAUCUGGGGGUGUCCUGGGGCCCCCCCACCCAGGAUGGACUCUCAUUGGGUGAAAACAUCUCCGAGGUCCCUGAAGGACACACCAAGUCCCCCGGGUGCCCCCCCACCCAGGGGGGCCUCUCACCGGGGAUUGACAUCUCCAACGGGGACCUGGGGGUCCCUGAAGGGGAAGCGAAGGUCCCCAACGGAGCGUUGCACCUGCAGUGGCCGGACUCGGACCUGUCGGACCCGUCCCCGGGCCUCAGUGCCGACCCCCCCUCCCCGAGCACGUCGGAGGGCUCCGAGGGGCCGCCGUCGCCCCGGGGCCCCGUCAGGCCCCAGAGCCUGAGGACCGGCGCCGGGGUGGCGUCCCGCAGCUGCGACGCCACCCCGCUGACCCCCCCGCACCAGGACCUGGACCCGGACGGGGUCGGGGGCUUUUACUUCCCGGACCAGGACUACGAGCUGGACCUGCGGGCCGUGCUGGAGGCGGGCCGGCGGCAGAGCGCCCCGGACCUCCCCGAGCUCACCGACGGGCCGGACCUCAAGCUGAUGCCCAGGAAGUUCGCCAUCGCUGACUUCUUCACCAGGAGCCUGUUUUCUAGGAAAUCCAAAGAGCCCAAGGCGGUGUCCCACAAUGCACCAGGGUGGCGCCUGUUCGGCAAGACGGCCGCCAGAGAGGGCGAGGAAAGCCGAGAUCCCUCCUCCGCCGCCACGCAGCAGGAGGAGGAGAGCGACCCGGGCUCGUCCCCGUGUCCUCAGCUGCCCUCGUCUGCCGGGAGGAGGAAGAACCUGGAGUUCGAGCCUCUUUCCACCACGGCGCUCAUCCUGGAGGACCGGCCCUCGAACCUGCCGGCCAAGUCCGAGGAGGAAACUCAGAGACACAAGCAGGAGUACGAGGAGAUGGUGGCGGGAGCCAAGCGGAGAGAGAUGAAGGAAGCCCAGAAGAAGAAGCGCCAGAUGAAGGAGAGACACAGGCAGGAGGACAGCAUCUCCAACGCCAUGGUGGUCUGGAACACCGAGAUCCUGCCUCACUGGGACACCAUGAAGGGAACGAGGCGGGUCCGGGACCUGUGGUGGCAGGGACUUCCUCCCAGCGUCAGGGGAAGAGUGUGGAGCCUCGCCAUCGGCAACGAGCUCAACAUCACGCCAGAACUCUACGAGAUCUUCCUGUCCAGGGCCAAAGAGAAGUGGAGGAGCUACAGCGAGACCAGCUCCGUCAACGACAGCGAGAGCGAUGGAGGAGCGUCUCUGGCCGACAGAGAGUCCAGUCUGGACCUCAUCAAGCUGGACAUAUCCAGAACCUUCCCGUCGCUCUUCAUCUUCCAGAAGGGCGGUCCGUACCACGACCUGCUCCACAGCGUUCUGGGCGCCUACACCUGCUACCGACCCGACAUCGGCUACGUCCAGGGGAUGUCGUUCAUCGCUGCGGUUCUGAUCCUCAACCUGGAGGAGGCCGAGGCCUUCAUCACCUUCGCCAACCUGCUCAACAAGCCGUGUCAGAUGGCUUUCUUCCGCGUGGACCACGAGCUGAUGCUGAAGUAUUUUUCGGCCUUUGAGAUUUUCUUUGAGGAGAAUCUGCCGCGUCUGUUCAACCACUUCCAGAGCAACAACCUGACGCCCGACCUCUACCUGAUCGACUGGAUCUUCACCCUGUACAGCAAGUCCCUCCCCCUGGACGUGGCGUGCCGCGUGUGGGACGUGUUCUGCCGCGACGGCGAGGAGAGCUUGUUCCGGACGGGUCUGGGGAUCCUGCGGCUCUACGAGGACGUGCUGCUGCAGAUGGACUUCAUCCACAUCGCCCAGUUCCUGACCCGCCUGCCGGAGGACCUGCAGCCGCACACGCUCUUCACCGCCAUGGCCAGCACGCACAUGGUCAGCCGGAACCGCCGCUGGACGCAGGUGUUCGCUGCGCUGAUGAAGGACGGAGGUAAAGAGCUGGAGAAGAACAGCAGCCCGGCUCUGAGGAGCUAACGGCGGCUAACGCCCCCUCUCCCCGCCGCGGCGCCGGACCGUCUCCGGUCCCGGAGAACCUCCACCCUGAUGGUGGAGCUGCAGGUCUUCGCGUGUCCCUGGUUCUGCUGCUUCUCUUGAAACUGGAUCUGAGUCUGAACCACCUGAACCACUUAGACGUUGGGUGUCAGAGCCUUUAAUCAUGUAGACGCGUCUCCUGAUGGCGUUAAACGGUUAUUAUUCACCCCGGUCUCGGCGGCGGAGGCUUCAGCUCCGGUUUCUGACGGAGGUCCUGGACCCGGAUCUGGUCUCUGAGGACAUUUCCCUGGAGGAUGAGGCUCGUUUUUUUUUAGUUUCUAGUUCCAGGUUCCAGCGGCCUUGUUUUCCCUUCAGGAAGAAGAGUUGAGAUGCCGUUUCCACGGCAACGGUGUCAUCCAACCACGUCGCUUGGAGAAUAAAUCAGUGUGAUGAAUUAAAAAAAAAAAAAAAUCAUUGUUUAAAAAAAAAAAACAAAGAACUAAAGUGAGUUUUGGUGCAACGACCUGGUGGGAGGAGACGACACUGCGGUUGGUAACCCCGAGCAACCGGUUCAGACCUGAAACCUGUCUCAAGCGAGAGACAUCAUCAUGCUGCGUCUCUGUAAGCUCCUCCUCCUUAUCCAGACUUUAUGAUCCGGACUAAUCAAACUAAACUCUUCCUCCGAGCAGCGAUGCCACGUCUGGCCACACGGGGGCGUUAGUACCGGCCUGUACCGGCUGAAACCAUAGACAUUAUAUACGUAGAUGCCCCAUCGAGUGGUUUUGUCCGCUGCUGCGAUACGUCAACGUCGCCGCCAUAUUGGAUGUGGCAAGACUGCGCUGUAAACUAAUACAAGUAAAUGGACUUAUUUUCAUAAAGCGCCUU